UGCCGCCGCGACCCGGACUGCGCGCCAGCACCCCGGCCGACAGCUCCGCCGCCAUGGAGGACAUGAACGAGUACAGCAACAUAGAGGAGUUCGCAGAGGGAUCCAAGAUCAAUGCGAGCAAGAACCAGCAGGAUGACGGUAAAAUGUUUAUUGGAGGCUUGAGCUGGGAUACAAGCAAGAAAGAUCUGACUGAGUAUUUGUCCCGAUUUGGGGAAGUGGUGGACUGUACGAUUAAGACAGACCCGGUGACCGGAAGAUCGAGAGGAUUCGGGUUUGUGCUUUUCAAAGACGCUGCUAGUGUCGACAAGGUUUUGGAACUGAAAGAACACAAACUGGAUGGCAAAUUGAUAGACCCCAAAAGGGCCAAAGCUUUAAAAGGGAAAGAACCGCCCAAAAAGGUUUUUGUGGGCGGAUUGAGCCCAGGUACUUCUGAAGAACAAAUUAAAGAAUAUUUUGGAGCCUUUGGAGAGAUUGAAAAUAUUGAACUUCCCAUGGAUACAAAAACAAACGAAAGAAGAGGAUUUUGUUUUAUCACGUAUACAGAUGAAGAGCCAGUAAAGAAAUUAUUAGAAAGCAGAUAUCAUCAAAUCGGUUCUGGGAAGUGUGAAAUCAAAGUUGCACCACCCAAAGAGGUAUACAGGCAGCAACAGCAGCAACAAAAAGGAGGAAGAGGUGCUGCAGCUGGUGGACGAGGUGGCACUAGGGGUCGUGGACGAGGUCAGGGCCAAAACUGGAACCAAGGAUUUAAUAACUAUUAUGAUCAAGGAUAUGGAAAUUACAAUAGUGCCUAUGGUGGUGAUCAAAACUAUAGUGGCUAUGGCGGCUAUGAUUAUACUGGGUAUAACUAUGGGAACUAUGGAUAUGGACAGGGAUAUGCAGACUACAGUGGCCAACAGAGCACUUACGGCAAGGCAUCUCGAGGGGGUGGCAAUCACCAAAACAAUUACCAGCCAUACUAAAGGAGGACGUUGGAGAAAACAGGAGGAAAUUGCUAAAGUUAACCCAUCUUGCAGGACGACAUUGAAGAUUGGUCUUCUGUUGAUCUAAGAUGAUUAUUUUGUAAAAGACUUUCUAGUGUACAAGACACAACUGUGUCCAGCUGUAUAUAGCCGCCAAUUAGUUUUCUUUGUUUUUACUUUGUCUUUUGCUAUCUGUGUUAUGACUCGAUGUGGAUUUGUUUAUACAAAUUUUAUUUGUAUGAUUUCAUGUUAAACCUCCAAUAAAUGCUUCCUUAUGUGAUUGUUUUUCUGCGUCAGGUACUAAAUAGCUCUGUAAAAGUGUGAUUUAAAAUAAGCAAUAAUUAAGGGACAGUUUAUUUUGUAGGGAGUAUUGGUCCAUAGGGAGAGACUGUGGUCCUUUAUGAAUAGCCAGCUACAGUGUCCCCCUGUUCCCCAUUUUUGUUAGAUGUAUACUAUCCUCUAAGGCUUCAUUUCCCUGCUAAAAGAGAUUUCUACCACACCUUUAAUGUUCUUUGUGUAUCUGGAGGCCUUGUCAUAGGGUCGUCAGUAGUGGAGGUUUUCUAGCAGACCAUGAAUCUUUCUGGACUGUGUCUUGGUGAAGUGCACCUUUUUGGCACAAAGCAUGUUGGUAGCUCCUUUCAUGAAUAGAAAAGAUAGUGCUUUGUUCCUGUCUCUGGGAAGCCAUUAGAGAUAGGCUAAAUCAGGAUCAGUGUGGUCUGUUAGAGCUUCGGCUAAUCAUAAUACCCUGACUUUGUUUUCUCGAUUAAAAUGUCCAGAUGUACCCAGGCAAAAGGCCCUGUUAAACUGUAUGUAGAAGCUACAGUUUAACAGUAUCAAAAACUAAUUUUAACAAGCAUUUUGGCAGAUAGGUGGUUAAAAUUUGAGCAAAUGUUAGAUUGAGGUAUUUGAAGUAGUAGUGGCUGAGGAAAUAUAGUUGUAUUCUGGUAUUGUCAAAGCAAGCACCAAACUGAACAAAAUGUUUUCUAUUGGGGCAUUUUUAGGAAGCUAUAUUGGGUGUUUACUGUUAAUGUGGUGUGAGUUCUUAGAAAAAGUCAUGGUAGUAGAUUUCAUCAUUUUUAAUGCAUUAGUGCAUGAGCCGAGUAGUUAAGCAUACCCAAAUUCAGAUAUAGGAAGGAGUAAUAGGGGAAAGUACACUUUAAGUUUUAUGUAUGUCAGUGCAAAUCUAAGUGACUGAGUCAUUAAAACAUCUUCCUGGUGCACCAAAAAGCAGUUUUAGCCCUAGAUUUGGGAUAAUUUCCUGGGUAAACCCAAGUUUUGAAUUUUAACAUUCAGUGUAGUUGGAUUUAAGGUUUUUAAGUUCUAUUUUCUGUGGUUCCACAUUAAGCUCUAGGAUUGGCAUACAUAUUCAGAUGCGUAGUAGUUGACCUCACCUUCAACCAAAUGUUAAUUUCUUAUGCUGAUGAACCUGCCUUUUGUUUCAUUUGGUGCCUGCAACUUUUCUCUGUUCAGUGAUGUUUGUACUUGCUGGCUAUCGAGUUACAAUGCACUUGGCCUCCUUUGCAUCCUGUUUUGCUAUUUGACCUUAAACCUAGGCCAAGUACCAAUGUUGGUUAUUGCAAGGGACUGUUCAUUAUAUCGACAUGCAACGUUAGGGAAGGAGGAAGAUUUUGAUUUUAAGUUAUGUUGUCAAAGUCUGUAGGUGCAGUGUCUCUAGGGCAGUGAAUCCUGUUCAAAUUUAUGAUUAGGUGAGAAGUUGACAUUGAGAUUGUCCUUUCCCUGAUCAAAAAUGAAUAAAGGCUUUUUAAACAAAAAAA